AUGAACAGAAGGCCUCGAUUUGAUGUUGAACCUCCAGUUGAUGAGAUACAAGCCAUGAUUAUUGGAAGAUCCAGAGUUCAAGUUCCAUUACCAAGAACUCAAAAAGUGAAUCUCCCAACAUGGGGACAACUAGAAAAGAUGACACAGGAAGCUGAAAAAAUUAUACAACAGACCAGACAGGCACGCAAUGCUUCAAACUUGUUCCUGGUGUGGAUACCUCAGUUACUGCAAAACAUUAAUGGGAUCAUUGAAGCCUUUGAGGGCUACACCAGGACAGAGGGCAACUGCGAGGUGCCUACCCAGGGGGAGCUGAAAAGGCUCCUGCAGUAGGAUUUUGCAUACAUUGUGAAACCCCAUGUUCUGGCCGCUGUGGGUGAAGUUUUGCUCCUGCUGGAUGAAGACUACUCAGGGACUGUGGAAUUCAAGGAAUUCCUGGUGUUGGUGUUUAAAGUUGCCCAGGCCUGUUUCAAGACCCUGACUGAGAGUCCUGAGGGAGCCUGUGGAUCUCAAGAGUCUGGAAGCUGCCUCCCCAGGGCUCUCAAGCACUGGCAACUGGCCAUAGGCUGCAGAGACGCUCUAGGUCCUUGGUGGUUUGCUGAUCUCACCCAGACCACAAAGCAGGACAGAAGCCAUAUUGCAAGCCAUGCAUGGGAUAAAGAAGAGGGAAAGACCCAGAGUAGUCGAAAUGGUCAAAGUUGGACACCAGUGAGUGACUGCAAGGCAGGAGAGGCCAUACUGGGAGCACAGGCCCAGGGGAGGGCAGACACUGUGACAGACAGACAGACCCAGAGCAGCACUCACCCACAGUGCAUAUGACAGGAGGGUGGAGACAGAGAGCCCACAGAUGGCCACACAAGGGAGACAGUGGUCCCAAGGCAGGAACAUAGCAGCCUGAACAGCAGCAUGCAUUCAGCACAAGGCCGGGCAGCCCAGCCAGAAAUUAAGCAAGGCCUCACUGUGACAGCACUGCAUUCCUACUUCAAAAGCAACAAGCCAUGAGUGUCCCAGCCCUGGAUGGACUCUAGUUCCCAGUACUGGAAGCAGGCAGCUGGAGAUGGGUUGGCUUGUUUGGCCCUGACCAGUCCAGUUGGCAUGUUGGACAUCAUCUCUUAAUCAUGAUACUUCUCUCUUAGGUCUUUCUCAGUGAAAUCAUUUCUACAAGGUGCUUUCUAUCCUCAAAUCUCUUACCUGUUUUGCUCUGUGGACUCUCUCAGAAAUAGAAAGACAUGAAACAAACCAUCCAUUUGUGCUAAAUUCUCUUCAGCUUGUGGGGAUUUGUAGACUUACUUUUAUCCCUGGCAUCUAUCUAUUGCCCCAUCUAUCUAAUGCAUCAAUAAAACCUUCCUAAGUAACUGGGCUCUGUGUCCCAUUCAGUCCCUAUUGACAUAAUGGGCUAAAGGCAGUGAUGAUGAACUGGACAUGGUCCCUACCUUUGAAGAUCAUCUAGUUGAGAAAAUAUUUCAUGGGAUUCCAGGAGUUGCAAUGAGUCAAAAAAGGGAGACAUUAUAGUUUUAUACAUGGCAGAGAUGGAUCAGGAAAGGUUUCCAGCAGAAGAGGCUUUUUUUAUAAUGGCCUUAAAGGACAAGUAGGUUUUAGGUAGGUAAACUAGUCUCCAUCUUUCAUUACAUGUAAUUCUAGAGUGUUAAGUCUCUGUUUACCUGUAAGGUCACAUAGGAAGGCUGACUUAAGGUUACAUGGAAGAAGGCUGGCAGGGGCCCUUCAGGGGAUAGAUGAAAUGCAUGUGAUCCCAGGAACUGAGCCAGGAGUAAGAGAUCUGAGUCUCCCUCCCCAACCUCCUCAUCCAUGUCAGUUCUGACUUCUCAUGAUGUCUCAUCUGCUGGAUAUGAAUAAGUUAGGGAGUAAAACAACACCGGCCUAUUUAAAAAAUCACCUUAGGAGUGUUUUUUAAAAUACAGACUUAUAAACAUAACUCUAGAGGUGCUGAGUCCAAAAGUUUGGAGUGGAGCUUAUGAAAACUGUUUAGAAACUUCAUAAAGACUUCUGCUUCUGGCAGUAUGGCAGACUAGGUACUUUGAAGGGGCUCCCACAACAGAAUAAUUAGAUUCCACAUAAAACAUAUUUUUCUUUGCAUUUUUGUCUUACAGGAAGUAAGGAAAAUCUCCAAGGAGAAAAUAAAAUGUGUUAGGCUGAAUAACAACUCCCCAAAAGAUGCCCACGUCCUAAUCGCAGGAACCUGUGGGUCCCUCUGGCUGUACAACAUGCAGAAAAGACUAGAUCAUUCACUUCCAUUCCUAAGGGAAUAAGACUGAACCAUGAUAAGGAUCCUUCCUGUACAUGAGAAACACUGAAGAGCGGGAUCAAUGCAUUUGCCAUAACAAAUACAGAUGAAGAGGAGCAGGUAAGGAAAGUAUUUCCUCUGUAUAAAAAGAUGUCUUUUUUUUUGGAGAAGAAAAUUAGGUAUGUGUAUAUCCUGUUUGUCUUGUUGAAUGUGUACUUACAAUGAAAUCAGUCAUUCACAAUCAGUUUAUUUAUUUAUUUUUAAUUAUUUAAUUUUAUGGUAUCAUUAAUAUACACUUACGUGAACAACAUUGUGGUUACUAGAUUCCCCCAAUUAUCAAGUCCCCACCACAUACCCCAUUACAGUCACUGUCCAGCAGUGUCGUAAGAUGCUAUAGAAUCAAUACUUGUCGUCUCUGUGCUAUACUGCCUUCCCUGAGACCCCCCUACAUUAUGUGUGCUAAUCAUAAUGCCCUUUUCCCCCCUUCUCCCUCCCUUCCCACCUAUCCUCCCCAGUCCCUUUCCCUUUGGUAACUCUUAGCCCAUUCUUGGGUUCUGUGAGUCUGCUGCUGUUUUGUUCCUUCAGUUUUUGCUUUCUUCUAAUACUCCACAGAUGAGUGAAAUCAUUUGAUAAUUGUCUUUCUCUGCCUGGCUUAUUUCACUGAGCAUAAUACCCUCUAGCUCCAUCCAUGUUGUUGCAAAUGGUAGGACUUGUUUUCUUCUUAUGGCUGAAUAAUAUUCCAUUGUGUAUAUGUACCACAUCUUCUUUAUUCAUUCAUCCACUGAUGGACACUUAGGUUGCAUCCAUUUCUUGGCUAUUAUAAAUAGUACUGUGAUAAACAUAGGAGUGCAUAUGUCUUUUUCAAACUGGGCUGCUGCAUUCUUAAGGUAAGUU